AUGGUUAAAGAGUAUACGAAGACAACAUCUGAACCGUCCCCGAUCGUCACAGACCGAAAGCGCAAAGAAGUCCUCGGAUGGCUCUAUGAUCAAGAUCCAUUUAUGCUCUACCAGUCGCGAGAGUCUAGGAGACAUCCAGGUACUUGUCAAUGGUUCCUUCAAGGUCAAGAAUACCUGCGAUGGAGAUCUGCAGGGCCCCUGCUGUGGGUGAAGGGCGAGGUAAUCGAGCACCUGCAAUCCUACUGCACAGCACAGUCUGACAAUAUCCUUCUGCACUUCUUCUUCUCGUUUGCUGACGCCCAUCGGCCCAAUCCACUUCUGUGCCUCUCGUCCCUAUUAAGGCAAAUGUGUGUGAAUGAACGCGUUCUCCAGCAUGUUGAGGAACUGUACGAAAAGUUCAACGGACCCACAGCAAGCAGACCUCUGGCGUAUAACGACAUUGAACUCGCACUGGAUUCGGCCAUUGAGUGCCUCAAGCGAUGCAAAACGAUAUAUAUCGUCCUUGAUGCUCUUGAUGAAUUGCCUAACGAUCCUGACGAAUACCAAAGAAGUCGUGUUCUGAACUGGAUCAUGGAAACUUCUAACCGCCAUCGGCACGUGCACAUUCUGUUUGCGAGUCGAAGUAACUCCAGCUCUCGAGAUAUCGAAGAUUUUGCAGCUACUAUCCCGUCAAUAGGGAUCGUUAGCAUAGACGCGAUGAGCAAUCGUGACGACAUGUUCUCGUACCUCGAAGCGCAGUUCAAAAAAAACCGCGUCCUGAGCAAAGUCCCUGGCCAUUCUCUCUCAAAAACCCUCAACGACAUGAUCAGUUUGUCUGGUGGAAUGUUUCUAUGGGUCCACCUCCAGAUGAUAGAGCUCACGAAAUUACCUACCCCUAGACUGAAGGAUAUCGACCGUAUCCUGAAAUCUAUGCCACCGAGACUGGACGGUACACCGCUCCGCUUAGUCGAGGUCAACGAGAGCUGUAUUAUCUCGCCGCAGAAUAGGCCAGCUAUAGCAGAGGAAGACAGACUGGAGGGAGAAGGGAUCUUGCCGUGUCUAUCCGGACUUGUCCGCCGGACUGGAAUGGACAACAACUACCUGGCUCUAUCCCAUUUCUCAGUCAAAGAGUGUCUUACUUCUGAAGCUCUCAAGCAUACCUCAUGUUCAUCAUAUGGGUUCCACGAUCAUUCGGGACAUGCUUUGAUUGCAGAAAGUUGCAUUGCAUAUAUCAAUCAAUGCUAUUGCAGUGAAAAUCGAUCAGGUACAAGAAAAGAUCUCGAACAGUUUCCCCUUCUUGAAUAUGCAUGCCGCUAUUGGUUCGAGCACAUGAUUGCAGCUGGAGAGCAAGAGCAACCGAGACUGGUUUCUUUGGCAUCCACCUUGCUUCAGUCUGGCGAGAUGUGGAGAUAUGUCACCUUGAUAUAUAACCACAUGAUUCCUGAUGUACCCUUUAGUUGCACCCAUCGACGGUGGACUCUUCGCACACCUCUGGGAUGGGCGGCUGCUCUGGGUCUUGAGUCAGUGGUCAGCCUCCUAUUACCACAAAGGCCAGGUGAUCUCCAUGUGAUACAAGAUAUCAAGCUCAAGCCCAAAAAGUGUUUCCAAGAAGGGGAUGCGUGUGAUGAAUGCUCGGGGUUCAGAGUUCUCUACCCCACUCGUGGUACGGCGCUUAUAAAAGCCAUAGAAUUCGGGCAUACCUCCAUAGCACGACUUCUCAUAGAUAACGGUGCUGAUAAAAAUGCGUGCGGAGAAUUUGGUGAUACCGCUUUUGGUGCCAAUCCAUCUGAUGGUCUGAUGGACGCAGUACGUGAAGGGUCCCGGUUAAUUUGCCAACAAUUACUGGACGCUGGGGCUGUGGCCAAUGAGCAAAUAGAAGGAGAGGUUCCAUUGAUCGUGGCAGCUUCAAUGGGCUAUAACCAUGUUUGCCAAGUUCUUCUGGACUUCCGUGCAGACAUCAACCGGCUGAUAGAUGUCGAUGAUCCCACUGAUGCGACUGAUGCAUUGACCGCAGCUACUAUGCAUGGCAAGAUUCGGACAGUGGAGCUGCUUCUCUCCAAGGGCGCUCAUGUCAGAGGCAGCGCUUUGGCGUACUCUCUAACUGGACUGGAAGACGGGCCUCUUGAUGAACACCGUGAAAUCUGUAACCUGCUGAUCCAGCACGGGGCCGACCUGAAUCCAGAUCUUGGGGGUCUCUACAACACACCGCUCGCCAUGGCGCUCAGUAAUGGCUGGCUGGAUAUUGCAAGAUGCAUGGUCAGCAAGGGUGCUCGAGUUGAGCCGAGUGAUCCUACCUGCCUUUCCGCAGGUAAUCUUUUGGUCGCAGCAGUUUCCAGCGCCGACAUGACUCGUGAAAUCCUAGAUCUUGGUGUUGCAGCUGAUUCUCCAAUCGCAGCUGUUGAACCAUGGGCUUGGGAGAUGGAUGACGAUGCCUGCAAUUUCACUACGGCCCUCCAAGCUGCAGCAUACUAUGGUCAUGUUGACACCGUGAAACUUUUACUCGCAAAUGGUGCCGAUCCAAACAUCGUUGGUCCACCAUACGGAAGCGCCUUAUUUUCUCUUUUCGCAGGAACCUGUUUUGCCAUAGAAAACCUCUGGCCCGAGCCAGAGGGAGAGGCAGAGAAGGAAGCCUUUGAUCGAUCUGUGAGAGACAAGACAGUCCAGAUUUACAACAUUCUGCAGGAACGAGGUGUCCAAAAUGUUGUCCCAUGGGGCUCCCUGGAUUAUGAUGCGUUCCUUACAUGCAGGCGCGGGAUCAAAUAUUCAUCAAUCAGGACAGGUAUCGAUCUGCCUCGCUCCAUCGACGAGAAAACUUUUGCCAAUCAUUCCGGAGGGACCUUUUGCCGAGUCGUGCGCAGACAGAGGAAUUGA